UUUGCGUGUGUGUUGAUGGAAAGCUAUUCCGGCGGAUUGGGUGGCGAAACUGUGUGUGUGUUUGUUUAUGGAAAGGGAAAAAUCUAUUAGCCCCCGCUAGGGGGACUCUCUCUUGCGCCUACCAGCAGCCGCCAGCCGGCCGUGUUGUUGACAAGUGAUAGUUCGUCGUCAUGUCUUUUCAUUGGAAUUUUCAUGUCUUCUCAGCACACUUAUUUGCAUUUAGACUGACUGAGAGCUAUCAGUUUGUCCUUUCGAGAAAAAUAAAAGGCCAACACCAUGGUUAAAAAAGGGUUUUUGUUAACCAUGCUCAAAGUUGCCACUACUCGUGUAUCAUCCAAGCUAUCAUGUGUGUUGAUGGAAAGCGAUCUAUUUGCAAUUAGACUGACUGAAAACUAUCAGAUUGUCCUUUCGAGAAAAAUAAAAGGCCAACACCAUGGUCAAAAAAGGGUUUUUGUUGACCCCUUGGUUGCUACACAUUCAAUCCUCAUAUCCUUGGAAUGGACCCACUCUUAUUUAGAGGUUAAUCCCUCGCCCCUACUCAAUAGACGGAAUCCGUUGGUGGAAACUGACGAGAGAUUAGUUUGCUGAUAUUCAGCAAUCCAACCAAAGGCCUUUCAACUUCAUCCUUGGCCGAUUCUUUUUACGUUUUACGUUUUGAUCUUUCGAUUGUUUGCUGAUGUGUAAGUGGUGUAU